CUUUCUUAAAUAGUGAAAUAUGACUGUAUCAAACAAAGUUAUGUUGACUUGAGUGAUCCUUAUUGUGAUUUUUGCAGCAGGUAAGUACAUAAAGGAGUAUGGGUAUGAUUGAUCUCGCAAUUUCUGUCUGCUCAAGUUUAUACUUGCUAGAAACAUGAUAUUAACCGUAUUUAAGAUGAGAAGCGUCAGAUAACCAAUGUAUCGAUGCAAUCUUAUCAACACCUGCUGCUAUUGCAACGAUGUUAAUGGCUUCAGGCAAGAAUCUUAACGACUUUGGAGAUCCAACGGCUUGAGAUUUGAACCCUCUUACAGAUUACGCAAUGAUUUCUAUUGAAGGAGUGCCUAUGUUUAUUGGUCUCUGUUUACCAUCAAUCUGUCAAAGUUCAGAUUUGAAAAUUGUUUCAGAUGCUGUAACCACUCUUGCUCAAAAUAUGGGCAUUGAAGAAGGAGAAGGAAUGGUUCACUUUCCAAACAAGGAAAAAUACUCAGUAUCAGGUUGGCACAUCUUCGGGUUCAUUGCCUUCGGAUUCUUCAGCUUGCUCUUUAUUGUUGGACUCUUUGUUGAAUAUACUUCUCUCUUUGGGCAAGUUCCACCCCAAGAAGAGUCUGCAUCUGAUACUCAAAAAGAUAAGGUGCUUGUAAAUUCAAAAUCUUUUAUAGGGAAAUUUUUCCUAGCUUUUUCUCCUUCAAGAAAUCUCCAGAAAAUGUUUUACACUCCUCAAAAAAAAGGUGAUUACCUAUCAGCCUUGAAUGGGAUCAGAACGAUCAGCAUGUUUUUCGUAAUUUUAGGACACACGAACUCUGGUCUCUUACAGGGCGGAGUGAUUAACGCUCAGGAGGCAUUAACGAUGAAGGACUCCUGGUGGGCAAUCUUUAUUGGUACAGGCCUUUACUCUGUAGAUACAUUCUUCUUUAUCUCAGCUUUUCUUGCGACCUACUUGAUGCUGACGAAGUUCCAUGGAUGUAAGAUCUUCAAUAUUCCAAUGGUGUACCUUCACAGAGUGAUUAGAGUAGUUCCAACUAUUCUGCUCCUAUUCGCUCUAUUCUUUACCUUCUUUGGAUUCCUUGGCUCUGGGCCUCUCUGGAAGCCAUAUGUUGAUAACGAGAUUAUACAGUGCAAAGCAGGGUGGUGGCCAAUCGUCCUGUUUGUGCAUUCUUGGCACUUUACUGGGGCAUGCUUUGUCCAACUGUGGUAUCUAUCAAACGAGAUGACUUACUUCCUAUUUGUUCCAAUCAUAGUGUUAGCUUAUCUAAAUUCAAAAUUGAUUGGAUACAGUAUAGUUGCGUUUUUCAAUGUGAUUUCCAUAAUCUUACCAUUUAUUUUCUCCCACAUCAGAGGGCAUUCGAUUACAAUUCUAAAAGACCCUGCAGGGGAUUACGUCCUAGAGAUUUACAAUUAUCCAUGGACGAGGAGUGGAGCUUACUUUGUUGGAAUCUUAUUCGGAAUUUUGUACUUUGAAUAUACUAAAUCAUCCUCAAAUCCCUUCUAUCGGAUCUCAUUGGGAGCAAGGUUUUAUAAUUCCUUUAAGAAGAAUACUUUUUUGUGCUAUAUAAGUUUCUUUUUAUCCUCAAUAGUGAUGUUAUUCUUCAUCAUCUUCCCAAGAAUUGAACUUCACGAUCUCAAUGAGAGAAAGCUCAGUCAGAUUCCAAGUGAUUUCUUCAAUGCCUUUCACAGAUCAACUUUUGUUGCAGCACUUGGGUUCUUCCUUUCUCCUAUUUUUGUUGGAAGACUCAGCCUUAUCAAAAACAUCUUCGGAACAAGACUCUGGGCACCCUGGGCGAAGGUAACCUUUGUUGCAUAUCUGAUUCAUGUGCAUAUCUUAGGUUGGUUCUUUAUGCAAUCGAAGGGGUCGAGGUAUUUUGAUGGGCCAUCAAUAAUAUUUUACGCACUACCUACUUUCCUGGUUUGUUUAAUAGUCGGAAUCCCAAUUGCUCUGAUCAUCGAGUCACCAGUAUUGCAAAUUGAAAGAUUAGUGCUCUUUCCACCAAGGCAGAAGCCUGAGUACACAGUUGCUCAAAAGCAUUUGAUUGAUAAAGUUACUAUUAACUCUAAAGAAAGCUCUGAGAUGACCAAAGAUGACAUAAAAUUCUUGAAAUAAACUCUGGUCUAAGAUCAA